GCGAAUACGAGGGCAAGCGCAGGGUCGGCAGUGGCACCAACUUGAGGAGCAGGGAGAAGAGAUCUUCAAAGAGCAGGCAAGGCGGGCUGUGGGAGCGAAAGCACAUGAAAGUUCACAAACUGAACGAAGUUGGAGAGAUAGUCGACAGGAAAGGGCAUGUCGCAUGGGAGAUGGCCUGCGGGCUGCAGCUGGGGAUUCGGGUGAACGUGGGGAUGAACAACCAUGGCAUCUCGAAGGAGGACGAGCCGGAGUUCGAAGCCUUCCACGAGACGGUGAAGCUCAAGUUUCCGACGGGGGGGAGCAGCAUAACACCUCCGCACGAGGGCCCUGCGUUCAAGUUCAAGGACUACGCUCCUGCUGUCUUCCGCAGCUUGCGCGCCAUCUUCGACAUCGACACGGCUGACUACAUGGUGGCUCUGUGCAACACGCAGGCGGAUGGUAGUAACGCGUUGAGGAUCAUGGGGACGCCCGGGAAGAGCGGCUCUCUCUUCUUCUUCAGCAAUGACAUGAAGUUCAUCGUCAAGACCCUCCCGAAACGAGAGGCAAAGCUCCUGCUCGAGAUCCUGCCCAACUACUUCCAACACGUCCGUCAGAACCCGGGGACUUACCUGCCGCGCUUCUACGGGCUGCAUCGGUGGAAACCAGAGUAUGGGAGGAAUGUACGCUUUGUGGUGAUGAACAACGUGUACGCUACCAACCUGGCGAUCCAUCGGCGGUUUGACCUCAAGGGCAGCACGUUAGGACGAGCAGCCUCUGAAGCUGACAAGGCCAAGGGUCCUCGAGCAAUCCUCAAGGACCUGGACAUCAAGGAGAUGGGGGUCAAGAUCAAGCUCGGGCCUCAGAGGAAGAAAGCUUUCAUGGAUCAGAUCAGAUCGGACUGUCACUUCCUGAUGAGCUUGAAGAUCAUGGACUACAGUCUCCUUCUCGGCAUCCAUGAGAGAGACCAGGAGCAAUAUGGGCGAAGCUCGACGAUCGGGUUGCCGGGAGGGACAGCGCCGCAGUCGAUCUAUCAAGACGACAGGACGCACGAAGACAUGCACAGCGAGAACAUGGCCAUGGUCAGCACUCGAACCUCCUCCUCCAGUAUCUGA